AUGGAAGAACAUAACUAUCAGUUUCAGACAAACUUGAGUCCCAAAGUCUCAGAAAUCAGAGCUUCUCUCUCUCAGAUCAUAUUAGCAGGCGGACCAAACACACUCGACUCAGUCUUCUCAUUCCUCGCUACUUCCUCCGCCACAACAUCCCUCGACACUCUCAAUCCUCCGCCACCGCAGCUCGGCUCCUCCGUCUAUCUCCACCAGCGAGAUCUUAUCGAGAGCUUCCACCUUCAAAACAGAGCGAUCUCCACUCCUCCUCUGUUUCCUUCAUCGUUCGAUCAUCAAUCUUCUCCCGCCGCAGCUUUCGCCGCAGCGUUAGCGGCUGGGAGGGCGGCGAAAAAGAAGAAGCUUUACCGGGGAGUGAGGCAGAGACACUGGGGAAAAUGGGUCGCCGAGAUAAGAUUGCCGCAAAACAGAAUGAGGGUUUGGUUAGGUACUUACGAGACGGCGGAAGCCGCCGCCUACGCUUACGAUCGCGCCGCCUAUAAGCUCCGCGGAGAAUACGCUCGUCUCAACUUCCCAAAUCUCAAGGACCCGAGUGAGCUGCUCGGGCUCGGUGAUUCCUCUAAGCUAAUAGCUCUCAAAAACGCCGUCGACGGGAAGAUUCAAUCUAUUUGCCAGAGAGUCAGAAGAGAGAGAGCCAAGAAGAGCGGAAAAGAGAGUAAAAAUUCUUCGGCGGCGACGGCGGAUUCAUCAUCCUCGCCGGGAACUCUGUCUUAUCCGGCGGCAACUGCCACUGCGGUGGAUUCAGAGGAUAGCUACUGGAACAGCAAGAAUAGUUCCCCGGCGUCUGUUUCUAUCUCCGAUGAAAUUCCAGCGACGACAUCGGCGGCGGCAGAGGAAGAUACGAUGAUGGAUACUGAUGGGUUUCUGCUUGCGAGGAUGCCAUCGUUCGAUCCAGAGCUUAUUUGGGAAGUUCUCGCUAUUUAAUUCACAAAACCGUGAAUUUUGAUCACAUCAAUCAUAUGGAGAGUAAAAAGAAAACUUGGGGUUCAAGAAAAUGAUGAGAAUAUUAGGGUUUUAGGUGUGAAUUAGGGUUUAUUAAAGUAAACCCGAUCUUUUGUCAAAUUCGUUCGAAAGUUGGUUUAAGUAAUGGAUAUAUUAGGGUUUUUAAUUAAAAUUUAAGCCUCGUUGUUUUUGAGAGAGGUUGUGAAAGCUCCUUUUUUGAAUUUAUAUUAUAAUCAUCGAAGGACUUUCUUAUUGUA